AUGGCUGCUUUUAUAAAAUUGAUAUGCUUAGCCAUUCUAGUGGGUCACAGCUAUGCCGGAUACCUCCAUGGAAACCAUCAUCACCUUCCCUCAUCAUCCAGUUCUUUGCACUCGUCUAGUUUUUCACCAAGUAGCUUUCCAACUGGAUCUCUACCUUCUGCAACAUACUCUGGGUCUGGUCUGAUUGGCGGAGGAUCAUCUUAUGGAGACAUUAUAUCACAUGGGUCAGCCAUUUCGCACGGACCAAUUGUAUCGCAUGGGUCUUCCAUCUCACAUGGGCCCAUAAUUUCUCAUGGAUCUGACAUCUCACAUGGUCCCAUCAUUUCUCACAGUCAUGGUGAUAUUUUGGAUCACGGUGUGUCUAGUGGUGGAUUUAACGGUUUUAGUGGGUUGGGUAGUACUGACCUUGGUGGCGGUCAUAUUACAGGACCUGCGUUUAGUGGCUCAGCCAUCGGUGGAUCUGCAUUCGGAGGAUCGACUCUCGGUGGAUCUUCCUUUGACGGAUCUUCCAUUAGUGGUGGAAGUUUUGGGCAAAUCGCCUCUGGUGGUGAGGCUCCUCUUCCAGGCCGUAAAGCUCCUGUGAUCGACGAAAUUCAUACCCUUGCCAACAGUAACGGCGCUCCAACUCAGUACCGCUACCGCGACCAGCCUUAUCAGGUUGUACGGGAAGUAACUCAUAGAGUGCCUCAGCCUGUACCAGUCCCAGUUCGCCAGACCGUUCAAAUCCCUGUGCCACAGCCCUAUCCGGUCCAGGUACCAGUCGUAAAGAACGUGCCUGUGCCAGUCGUCAAGAUCCAACACGUUAAAGUAGAUAAGCCAGUCCCCUACCCCGUAGAAAAAAUCGUCAAAUUCCCAGUAGAAAAGGUUGUACACGUGCACGUCGACCGUCCAGUUCCAGUUGAGAAGAUCGUUGAAGUGCCGGUAGUCAAACUGGUCAAGGUGCCCGUUCCAGUUGUAAAAGAAUAUCCUGUACAUCACAUCAAGACAGUCCACCACAAAGCUGUCAGCCAUGACCACCACCAUAGCCAUGGACAUGGCUACGGUCACGGUCAUAGCCACAGCCACGGUUGGUCUAGCUGGUAA